AUGAAAGAAGAUAUUAUAUUAGCCAGUCAAGCAGUAAUUUGCCAGAUUCCUAGUGUUAAUGAUUUUUUGCAGGCCUUUUCGCUCAAAUUAAGAGCUCAGAUAAAAGAAAGUGCAUAUCAGAAAACUAAGCCACAGCUUUUAGAAUGCGAGUAUUUUUUCGGCAGCGAACAAAAAUAUGAGUAUUCUUUUUCAAUAGCAAAAGAUAUUCCAUACCAAUUAAACAUUUAUGAAUAUCUUUGCUUUCUUUCAGAUACUUUAAAAUUUACCAUAGAAACGUGAAUUCUGGCAGCUGCAUAUCUAGAAAAGGUUUUGUUAAAAAUUCCUUUAUUAUGCUCCAAUUGGAGAAAGCUUGUAACCUAUUCCAUUUUUAAUUCCCAAAAAAUUAGCGAAAGAAAUGAAUUAUGUACCACAGAAUUUGCCGAUAUUAUACCUAAUAUUGAAGUCGUUGAUUUUAUUCUGAUGGGCUUUGAGUAUCAGAGACUAAUUGAAUAUAAUUAUGAAGUUUAUAAAGAGGAAUUAAUAGAAAUUACUAUAUCAAUCUUUUAAUAAAAAUUAUAAAUUUGAUUAUUAUAAAUUAUUUUAAAUUCUUUAUCAAGUCCUCAAUUUAAUAAAGAUAAAAAAAUUAAUUUAAGUUAAUAUAAAAAUAAAGGAUGGACAUAAAUUUUAUUAAAAAUGUGAAAGCAUAUUUACUUACUAUUUAAUUGAGGGGAGUGAGUCAACUCUUGGAUAUUUUCCUUCAGAUUCAUAUUGAAAUUGAGAAAUCGAUGAGGAAAGCCUAGAAAAAGUUGCAAAAAAUUCAAAAGAAAUACCACAAGAAGGCCAAAAUGAAGUAAAUAUUUAUACUUCGGAAACAAUAUACUGCAUAAAUACAGUUUAA